GUCAGMAAUGAACAGAAGCAUCAUGCUGUUAAAUUCAUUCAGUACGGUGUUUUGACAAAGCAAGUCUAGUAGGCUUAAGAAAAGGUGGACAGGACUGAUUUCGAUGAGUACAGCCCAAUUCACAGACAGGUGCUAUGCCACAUUCGCAAGGACCGUUCACUGUUAUGAGCGCUCAGCAUUUCGGAGACCCGUGUAGUUUAUUGUUGUGUCUGCGCAUAUUUGACAACCAAUUGAAUUACCACCUGGGUAACGGCACGGCUGGACAUGACCAAUGUGGUAUUAUGGAGGCUAAAUAACAGCAUCUUCAGGUAACUUCCCGGGGCUUUCAAGCAACAUACCUUAAAUCCAGCAGCACACUGACAAGAUGGGGGCGUUUGCGAGCAUUGACGACAUUGCAUUCCAUUCAAACAUACCUGUGGCAGCAGAUAUAACAGUAGCCAUAGUGUACGCAGUGUUUGGCAUGUGCUCUCUGUUUAGCAACAGCACACUGCUAUACGUCUCCUACAAGAAGAAGCACCUGCUCAAACCUGCUGAGUUCUUCAUUAUCAACCUGGCCAUCAGCGACAUGAGUCUAACCCUGUCCCUCUACCCCAUGGCCAUCACCUCCAGCAUCUACCAUAGGUGGCUGUUUGGGAAAACAGUGUGUUUGAUCUACGCGUUCUGCGGCAUGUUGUUUGGAGUCUGCAGUCUGACAACUCUCACCCUGUUGAGCAUGGUGUGUUUUGUGAAAGUAUGUUAUCCUCUCUACGGUAACCGGUUCAACCCCGUCCACGGCCGUCUACUGAUAGCCUGUGCAUGGGCUUGGGCCCUGGUGUUCGCCUGCUCCCCUCUGGCCCACUGGGGUGAGUAUGGUCCGGAGCCCUACGGCACAGCCUGCUGCAUCGACUGGCGCCUGUCCAACCUGCAUCCCGUGGCCCGCUCCUACACGGCGGCGCUCUUUGUCUUGUGCUACAUCGUGCCCUGCUGUGUCAUUGUGGCGUCCUACACGGGCAUCCUGAUGACGGUCCGAGCCUCCCAUAAGGCCAUGGAGCAUCACGAGGCCCGGCAGACCAAGAUGAGCAACAUCCAGGCUGUUAUUGUGAAGCUGAGUGUCGCUGUCUGUAUCGGUUUCUUCGCAGCGUGGAGCCCUUAUGCCGUGGUGUCGAUGUGGGCAGUGUUUGGACACAUGGAUAACAUCCCACCUUUGGCGUUCGCCGUGCCUGCCAUGUUUGCCAAGUCCUCCACCAUCUACAACCCCAUGAUCUACCUGCUGCUCAGGCCUAACUUCCGCAGGGUGAUGUACCGAGACCUAGUGAGCCUUCGCAGGGCCUUUCUGAAGGGCUGCCUGUGCUCCUGCUCCCAGGGCGCUGUGGGGAAGUACCACUCCCACUCCGUGGUCCGGGUCGGCCUCCAAUCGUUCUGCAGACGUCCGGGCCACGGCCAGUCCUGUUCCCCCACCUCGUCCGCCCGCCAAGCCCUCGCCGGGUCCAGAGGUUGCACUAGCGCCUGCGAGAAGUGCAGCGAUGCCUUCGAGUGCUUCAGACACUACCCAAGAGGUUGCCACAGCGGCACCAACAUCCCCAGCUCCUCAGCCAACGUUUACGCACCUCAGGAUCAGCUCUCAACAGAGCCCCAGCUGCAGUCAAUGACGCAAAAACAGAUGCGGAAGCAGAGGCGGCAGCAGAAAAAGCAGGAAGCGUGUCAUAAGAAGUCCCUGCGAGCCACCAUGCACGGCAAAAGGACCUCGGAGAUCGACAACCUUCAGAUCAACUUGGAGAUGGUGCCGGGACACGCUAAAGUUGCCUGGCCCUAAAAUGUUAUAUAUUAAUUCUGGUUUUAUAUAUAUUUUUUUUUACAUCUCUGGUAUAUAUU